AUGUCAGAGAACGUUCAAAAGACAACAACCCAAGUUCGGGGUGAUCACACAAAGUGGCAAUGCCACAAGAUGGUUAACGAACCAGGCCACGCCAGAUGCGUUGCCACCAUGAGCAUGAACGUCGACACUUGCACGCAUUGCGGACAGCGUCGCGGGAAGAAUGCAGUUGCUCUCGCUCAGAACGAUGAUGUUUUGGGUAGCCUUGUUGACUUUGAGGCUGAUGGAACAGAGAAAUGGCACUAUAAUCUCAAAGUGAACGGCGCUCUAAAAAUACUUUCCUCUUCUCCUGUUCUUCAUGUCGCUUAG